UAUUACAUCUUUAAGUGGGUGGUGGGUGGUGGGUGGACUCAUCAGGAGUAGUGGAAGUAGAAGGGAAGAAGAAGCCUCUCUUUCCUUCUUGUUUUUUUUUUUAUAUGGAGUUCACAGUUGAGAGGUGUGAGGAGAUGGUGUUGUCUGUGGAUUCUCAGAAGCCAGUUCCUGCUCCUUUCCUGACUAAGACCUACCAGCUUGUGGAUGAUCCUCGCACAGACCACAUUGUUUCUUGGGGUGAAGAUGAAACCACCUUUGUAGUUUGGAAACCCCCUGAGUUUGCAAGGGAUCUCCUUCCAAACUACUUCAAACACAAUAACUUCUCAAGCUUUGUUAGGCAGCUUAAUACUUAUGGAUUUAAGAAGAUAGUUGCAGAUAGAUGGGAGUUUGCAAAUGAACUCUUCAGAAAAGGAGAGAAGCAUUUGCUAUCAGAGAUCCAUAGAAGGAAGACCACCCAACAACAACAUCACCAACAGUACUUUGACCAACCACUACCCCAAUUCCUUCAUCCAGAUGAAAGUGGUUGUUGGAUUGAGUCUCCAUUACCAUCACCAAAUGGAGAAGCUGAUGUUUUAUCAGUUCUCACUGAGGAUAACCAGAGAUUGAGAAAGAAGAACUUCAUGCUCUUAUCAGAACUGACACACAUGAAGAAGCUCUACAAUGACAUUAUCUACUUCCUUCAAAACCAUGUUAAACCAGUACCAGCAGAACAAAGGUCCAUCAAUCCAGGGCCUUAUAAGGUGGUAGAAGUACUGGACCCUCCUCAGUAUCAUCAAACUCCUUAUGGACUUCAAUCCUUCAAAGUUUGUGGUUCAGGUAGCUGUUCUGUGACCUUAACUGAAGAACCCAAUGACACUGUCAAGCUAUUUGGGGUGCCUCUCUGUGGCAAGAAGAGACUGCACACAGGAAUGGUUGAUAAUGAAGAAUCAUGAGGAGAUUAU